AUGACGCCACUCUCCAAUUCACCCUGCCUGAUCGCCCCCGACUUCGGCUUGAUUGGCGGGAGGCGAGCGCGACGCAUUUCGUGCUUGGCGGCGGGCUCACUUGGGCUGGUGGUAGGCAUGUUGCUCGCAGCCACGUCUGCGUUCGCUUACUCGCAGCCGCCUUCAUUCUUGGGGACGUUGGCUGUUGAGGAGAAGAAAUCCUUCUGUGAGGAAAAUGGUACUGUCAUGUCGUGCGUUUGUGACUCGGAGAAAAUUGAAAAAGAGCUGGAAGCGACUCUCUCCGGAGAGGUGCCAGAGCUACAGGUAACUUGCAAGGGCCGUGUUAAGUUUAAGCCAGAGCCGUCGAAGACGGCAUUGGUGUGUCCGGCUGACACACCGGACCUUAGCAAAGUCGCAACGACUCGAGACAGUGAUGGAAAGGCCUGCUUCGAACUGGCUGCACUGCUUUCUGGGGACGUUAGCAAGGUAGCGUGGGAACAGGAACCGGAAACACAAAAGAUGGUCCUGCACAUUCCGAAAGACGUUUUCCCCCACGCCAAGAAAAAGUUCAUGGUAGGCUGCGCCGAAACUACCGACAGUCAGUGCAAAAUGACAGUGACGCUGAAGGCGAAGGCGACCGAAACAAAAGGGCAGACGGUGACGUGCGCGUACGGGUUCGACAGCAACAAAACAACCCAAAACAUAAUGUUGACUCCCGAGCAGCGCCUCUUCACUCUCGUUUGCGGGGCUGACGGAGAAGCCCUCCCUCUAGAGUAUGCCAAGACAUACUGCCCCGUUGUCAACACAACAAAUGAAGCACAAGAGAAAUGUGACGGCAAAUACCCUUCUAUUCUCCCUUCCUACGAAGAGGGGUGGUGGAAGACAGGAGAUGGCAACAGCGUGUCACUUGAGGUCCCAGAUGGCGACUUCCCGGAGAAGGAAGCAAGGAUUUUGGUUGGCUGUCGGCUAAAGAACAGCAAAGGCCCGGUGCUGGUGAAGUCCACGGCCAGCCCGCAGGAACCGAGCGUUUGUACCGUGGAAGUUACGAUCGAGGGAGGUCUUGCUCCGUGUGUGGCGGAGACACCGUCGGAUGAAGCUGCCAGCAGCGCCGCCGCACGCUCUGCGGAACCUGCUGACCGUGCUCUGCCGUGGGUGGAAAAGUUUCGCCCCGAGCGUCUGGACGAGGUGCUUUCCCACGACGACAUCAUCCGGACAAUCCGGCACUACGUGGAGCGCGGCCAGCUCCCUCACCUUCUCUUCCACGGUCCUCCCGGAACCGGCAAGACUUCAACGAUUUUGGCCGUGGCGAAAGAGUUCUACGGCAGCGCCGUGCGGACGCACGUUCUCGAGCUCAACGCUUCCGACGACCGCGGCAUCAACACCGUGCGCGAGCAGAUCAAAACCUUUGCAGAGACGUCCUCGACUUCGUUCAAGCAAGGACGCCUCGCGUUUGGCAAACCCGCGGAGAAGGACGAGGCGGCGGGAGGCGCGCCGAACAGAGAAAAGAAAGACGCCGGCGGGUCAGGCGCGACCCCCACGCUCAAGUUGAUCAUCCUCGAUGAAGCGGAUCAAAUGACAAACGCUGCGCAGAACGCUCUGCGAAGAAUCAUGGAGGCCUACGCCCGGAACGUUCGCUUCUGCCUGAUUUGCAACUUCAUCAAUAAAAUUACUCCCGCGAUUCAGUCCCGAUGCACAGGGUUCCGCUUCAUGCCGCUCGCCUCUCCCGCACUUCGACAGAAAGCCGCAGAUAUUGCUGAGGCUGAGGGGAUGAAACUCAGCGACGACGGCCUUUCCGCCCUCAUGCGAAUCGCCCAAGGAGACAUGCGCAGACUCCUCAACUGCAUGCAGGCUUCUCACCUGGCGCACCCCGGCGAGACGAUUUCGGCGGACAUUGUGCAUCGCACACUCGGUCUGCCGCUGCCCUUGGAAGUGGAUGCGAUGUUUGAGCGGCUUCUCGUCGCUGACUUCUUCACUUGCUGCAAAGACCUCGACGAGUUGGUUGGCACGAAAGGCUACGCGAUGCGCGACUGGAUUCUGGCCUUCCACGAAAAAGUGCUCCGCAUCGAUUGGCCUGUGAACAUUCUGAUCACCUUCAUCGGGCGACUGGCGGACCUUGAAGAGCGCUUGGCAGCAGGAGCAUCGGAGACUGUUCAGAUGCAUGCCGUCGUCGCGUCCUUCUUCGAAGCUCGCGCGGGUCUUCAAGCGGCAGCGGCAGCCACGCCCCCGGUCGCUUCGCAGUAG